AUGGCUGAAGCGCUUGUUUCCACAACCUUGGAGCAAAUAACCAAUAUUGGAGAGAUGAAAUUAAUCGUGGGUGCGAAUGAAUUACAAAAGCUCAAUGAAAACCUGGCGGGCAUUCGAGUUCUGCUUGAAGAUGCCGAGAAAAAACAAGUGGUGGACCGGGGCGUUAAUGAGUGGUUGAAUAAGCUUCAGGGCAUAUGCUAUGACAUUGACGAUGUGUUAGAUGAGUGGAACACGACAACAGCACGAAAAUUACAACUCAAGGAAGUUGAAAAUGCUUCCAACCUUUGGAGAAAGGUACGUUCCCACGUCUUUUCUCAAAGCUUUGGUUCAAAGCAAGUAUUUCUGCGUCAAACUUCUGCUCUUUUUAGGAUAAAAGAAAUAAAUAAAGCUCUCGAUCAAAUUGUUAAGGAACAACAUGAUUUCAAUUUCCGUUCCACAAUGGGCACACAAGUAGAACAAGAAGUGAGUAGCCCUGUCAUCUAUUUACCAAAGGUUGUUGGAAAAGAUUAUGAUAAGACUGCAGUAGUAAACUAUUUGUUGAAUGGGAGCAGUCAGGUUUCAACCAUUCCGAUAGUUUCCAUUGUAGGGAUGAUAGGAAUCGAAAACACAACUCUGGCUCAAUUAGUUGUUAAUGAUGAUAAGGUGAAAGAUCGUUUCCAUAAUAUAAUAUGGGUGUCUGUCCUUAAAACUUUUGAUGAGAUUAUGGUUGCGAAAGCAAUUCUUACAUAUCUGAAAAAAGAUGUUGCACCAAAUAUAGAUAAUUUAAAAAAUUUGUUAGGAGAGAUUCGUCAAUGGGUUGAGUCAAAAAAGUUUCUUCUUGUGUUAGAAGAUGUGUGGAUAGAGAUUCCUAAAACUUGGGAACUAUUUAAACAUGCUUUGUCUGGUUCUCAAGGGAGUGGCAUUUUGGUGACCACAUCUACAAUUAAGAGUGCAAAAAUUAUGGGAACCACUAAGAUGAUCCUACUAGGAAAUGAAUGGCAAUCUUCAUUGUUAUUAUCUAGACAAACUCAGUUUCCUAGAUCAAAUAGUGAAGAUAAGAAGUUGGAUGUGGAAUUUUGGUCAUUACUUUGUAAAGUUGCGUUUUCCACUAUGACCUGUGAUGAGUCUGAACAUUUGAGUCCUCUUUUUGAAAAUAUGCUGGGAAGCUGCAAUGGCCUUCCUUCUGCUGUCAUGAUUUUAGGAAGUCUAUUAAGCUUAAAAACGAAAAGUCAAGAAUGGGAAAGUGUCGAUAGAGAGCUAUCAGAAUUAGAAAAGAUAAAAAAUGAGUUUCCUACCCCUUUAUUGUUGAGUUACAUUGAGUUACCCUCCAAAUUAAAAAAAUGCUUUUCCUAUUGUGCCAUCUUUCCAGAAGAUUUUGUCAUAAAUAAAGAUAAUUUGAUUAGGUUAUGGAUGGCCCAAGGUUAUCUUAAGGUAUCAGGGAGGGCAGACUUAGAGUUAGUGGGUGAAGAGUAUUUUGCAAUCUUAGCUAUGCGUCAUUUCUUUCAUGAUUUCGAAAGAAGUGUUUAUGAUGGAAGCAUAAUGAGAUGCAAGAUGCCCCAUAUAGUGCACGACUUUGCUAAGUUUCUUAUGGAGAAAGAAUGUUUGAAUUUAAUAGAUGAUGGUCCUUCAAAAUCUCAGUUAGAGGUUCCUUAUGUAGAGGCUCGACAUGCAAUGGUACUAGCUGACAACAUUGACGUCUCUUAUACUUAUAGCAAGUUGCGUAGCCUUGCUGUAAAAAACAAAAAGAUUGGAGUUGAUUUAUCCAUAUUGUUUGACCGAUUGACAUGUUUAAGAACAUUGGAUUUGAGUGAUUGUUCAAUAAAGAUAAUUCCAAGAAACAUAAAUAAAUUGAUGCAUUUGAGAUAUCUUAAUUUAUCUCAUAAUAAAAAAUUAGAAGAGUUACCAGAGACAGUGUGUGAGCUAUAUAAUCUGCAAACGUUGGAUCUGCGAAACUGUUCUGGCCUGCAAAAACUACCAAACAAGAUUGGAAAUUUAGUCAACCUUAGGCAUUUGAUGAACCACAAAACUUGUAUAAGUUACAUGCCUAGAGGAAUUGAAAGAUUGAGCUGUCUUCAAACAUUAACGAAAUUUGUUGUGAGCGAUAGUAGCAGUAAUGAGAAAGGUAGUUUUGAAUGUUUGGCAAAUCUGAAGCAGCUUAAAGGGUUUCUUAGUAUAACAGGUUUGGGAUAUGUGAGAGAUGGUGAGAUCAAGAAAGGAGAACUUGCAGAUUAUAAAAAUCUUUAUGGUUUAAGUCUAAGAUUUGAUGGGUGGACAAAUGAUGACGAUGAAGGAAUUUUUAAAACCUUUGACCUACCUCCAAAUAUAGAGGAAUUAGUGAUACAGUGUUACACAGGCAAAACUAUGCCCUCAGAUUGGAUUGAUAAAUUAGGCAAGUUGAGGAUGUUAAAGCUAUUGUCUUGCUUUGAAUUUAAGGAUUUCUCUGAGUUAGGAAAACUAUCAUCACUUGAGUCUUUGAUUAUAUGCAAUAUGAAAAGUGUGAAAAAGGUGGAUAACGUACUUUUUGGAAAAGAUACUGAUGUGACUAGCUCAUCCACACCAAAUACCUCAAUUGCGUUUCCAAAAUUGAAGUAUCUCAAGUUAUGGAACAUGUUAGCGUGGGAGGAGUUAAAAUGGAGUCGGAGUAGUAAGAGUAAGAGUGUUAAAAUCAUGCCGUGUCUUCGUUACUUGGUUAUUGAUUCAUGCCCAAAAUUGAAGUCAUUGUCUCCUCUAGGAGAAGUUGAGAAAUCUUGA